CAACGGAUACCAUAAAUAUGGAAUCCUAGAAUUUUGUAGCUGAGUGAUCUUCAUCCAGAAUCGGUCAGUCCUCCUUUGUGAAUACAAACGAAUCCCAGACAGCCUGUUGACAGCUAACUGUCUCGUGACCAUGCAAGAUUAAGAUAUAAGUACUUACGGUCGUGCAAAUCGAACUCAAUCGUUAAUCGUGUUGCGCCAUUAAUUCGUUAUUUUUUUUUCUAGCUUCUUGGUAACUGCCAGACGCCCAAAGAGAGGUUCACUUUCUCAGAACUAGCAAACCCUCCUAAAAUCUGACUUAUCGUAUCCUGGCUAGAAUCCAUGUUCUUGGUUCCUUCUCUGUUCUCAGUGAUGGAUCUCCAAAGCUUUUUGGUUUCCCAGAGGAAAAGGCUGAAAAAUGUUGUUUUGUUCGAACGUGAAGACGUGAGAGUGAUGGAAAAUGGUGAUGUGUUGACAAAAAGUCUCAGUCAAAUAGACCGAAUCAAGAGGAAGCCCGGGCGGUUUAAGACCAGGGUAAACUUUCCUCGAGACAUGACUAGUGGUGAAGUAAGAAGUGUACUUGAGGAGAACUUCCCUCUCUUGCAAAAUAGAAGAUUCUCUUGUGCAGCACGUGGAACUCAGAACAGUGCUAGACUUGAAUUUCAUGGUGACCGCCGUGUCUGGGAUGGCAAAACUAUUAACAGCAAACUGAAAGGAAGUUCAGUCCUGUACUUAGUUACGGAAGAUGAGCUGCCCGGCAGCAGGGAGGCGUUUUGCGGAAAAGAAUCUGCUUCCUCUAUGCAAGGUCAUAUUAGCUGUUACAGUAGCAACAGCAGUGUAAAUAAUCAACAGAUGUCACAGUUGCUGCCACAGUCUGCGACAGUCACUUUCAGUGAUGGCGCCAACUGCAAUACAAAAGCCAAUAUAGAGGACAAGAGCAAUCUCCAUGCAGAAAGUUCACUAUCACCUUUAUUCCCUGGAUCUUUUGAUUAUGAGGAACUGAUGGAUGGAGACUUUCCACAACUGUCUCCAGAUUUCAUUCAAGGCUACUUUGCCGAUCUUCCUGAGGAGACCGAUUCAACUCAGUGGAAUAGUCAAUCUCAAAUUCCACAAGGAGAUUUAUUUGUACCAAGUGUAGACUUGGGAAAUUGUCGUUCCGACCUUGGAUUGACAGAUCAAACUGGGAGGUCUAUGACCUUGCCUGCAUUUAAUAAUACUUGGAAUGGAACAGUAGGAGCCAUGCCACCUAUCGCACCAGUUCUAUUACAGAGUCAGCCUUAUCAAAAUCAGGUGUCUGAGUUUCGCGCGACCUACACUGAUACCGGUGGACAAUCUGAGAGCAGUUUCUUGUCAGAAGGGAAUUCGUCCAAAGACCAAGCCCUCGAUAUGCCACCAGAAGCUGUUGUAGAAAUCAACCCCGCCAAGGAUCUUCCAGAGGUAUCUGAAGCCUCCUCAACCUACACGUCUGAUACCGGUGGAAGACGUGAAAGUGGUUUCUCGUCAGAAGGGAGCUCGUCUGUGGACCAAGCCCUGGAUCAGCCACAUAGUAUUCCAACAGAGGCUAGUGUAAAAAUAAAACCUACCCAAGGUCCUCUAGAGGGCGGCGAAGACUUUCACCUAACAUUUGACCAAAGCCUCCCAGAUGCAGUGACAUCAGCGUUGGCCAUAUUCGGAAACAAGCCAGUGGAAGUCUGGAAGACCUACAUGUAUGGAGGCUUUAUCCUGCAUGGAACAAGCAUUCCCCGUAAGUACACGUCAUAUUCUCUAUUUCAGGGUUCGAUUCUAAAUAAGACAUGCCAGUCAAGACGAAUUCAUCAAACUUGGCAUUGAAAUGAAUGUCACUGACUAACACUUUUUGCCAAGAGGUACCCGAUUCCAAAAAGAAGUCUACUGAGUGACAAAUCAUAAUAAAUUAUAAGUUAAUGACUGACCUAACCCUGUAAUUACACAUUCAGAACGUGAGGAUGGUUUCACACUAAGAAAACAAAUGAACCGGCGACAACAUUUUUAUGCGUUAUUCAUUUUGAAGUACAGUGACUACAUAAAUUACCGAGACUAACAAAACACCUUGUGACAUGUUAUUAAUUAUGACAAAUACAAGUAAAUAUAUGAAAGAUCAUACUAUUUGAACUGCGGAGAAAGAUAUGAAGG